AUGCAAAAGAUUCACCCCGCAGUUGGAGUUCCAAACUUUGGAAAACCAAUACAAUUUGGUUCACUGUUGUUAUCCCCUUCGUCGCCAUCGUCGAUCUCCCACUUGAAUAACAAUAGUAACACAACAUUCAUGUACAAACCAACCGGUUCCAGUGGAUUCGAUUCAUUCCCACAGUGGACCUCGAAAUCAUCAACAUCAACAUCAUCACCUUCACCCUCACUUUCAGCUUACUACUCUAUUCCAUCGCCAUCCUCACCGGCCACCUCACCAAUACCAAGCUAUGAGAUCAGUUCGCCAACACCAAGCACCAACAACAAGAAACAAAAAACAAGCAAUAACGAUAAAUUUUUAAAUAAUCCAUACAACGAUUCUGAGGGUAGCAGUAUCAAGAACAUUUUGAAUCCAGUCGACAACUUUAGUUACCAAUUCGACGGUCAUUUACUGCCUAGCAGAUCUAGUUCGUCAUCGGCUUCAUCGUCUUUGUCGUCCACCCCAGUCACCUCAUCAUCAUCAUCGAUGAUCAUCAAAGACGGUACCAACUCUAACCGUUCCAUCUUGCUGAGUAACUCUAUUGCAGAGUGCUGUUCACCUGUCUCUUCACCAUCUUCACCAAUCGACCACCAACUUCCAAACAACGCCUCCAACAAACAAUUGGUGUUCCAAUGGAUUCAAGAGUUGGCCAACUUGAAGAAGCGUGAAACAUUCCUCUUGGAGAAUUUGAAAAACUUUACAAACUCUGACGUCGAUUCCGAUGAUCAAAUGGAGAUUUUCCAAGCACCAAACAGCAGCAGCAGCAGUAAUAAAGAAACUGUUCCACAAAUUGAAAAUGUUAAACCGGUUGUUCAAAAUCAAUCGAUUCCGAUCAAUAUCUCUCAACAACCACCAGAGUUGGUUGUUUGUCAUAGAUAUAUCCACCCAUCACCUGUUUUAUCGGUUGAUACCGAUUUGUUGAAUAGAGUCAGUGGCCAAUUGGUUGUACAAGUCUCACUUGUUUACAAUUCAACUUUCAAGCCUGUUACCACCAAACAAGCCGAUGGUAAGCAAGAGGUCUUACAAGGUGUCCGUGUUCAAGAGGUCGACAAGAAUGGAGUUGUCGUUUUCAACAAACUCAAAGUAAGUGAGGUUUCCUCGAAACACUUGCACCAAUCCUUCUGUUUCCUCUUUACUUUGAGUGAGGUCCACAAUGCCGAGACCACCUCUGAACAAUCUACCGUUCUCACUCAACUCACCUCCUCUUCAUUCCACGUCUUGUCCCGUUCAAACAAGCGCAAGAAAGACGAUGAAGUCGAGUCGGAUUCCCAAGAGCCAUCCUCUCCAAUCCACUCGAAAUCCAGCCCAGUCUGCUCGUCUCCUUCAUCACCAUCAUCGCCAUACCACAACCACGUUGUAUUCCCAACUGUAAGCUCUGCUGCCACAUCUGAUGAGAAUGUUACUGCAACCACUUCUCCAUCGCCAGUCUCUAUGAACACUGUUGCUCACAGUCCAUCGUCGUCGUCGUCAUCGUCAUCGUCAUCCGAUCCAAACUACAUUGACAUUACCGAGCUUUUGGUAUUACCACAAAAGGAAGCCGCCUCACGUUUGGGUAUCUCUGAAUCGAUGCUUUGCAAGAGAUUCAAGGAGUGCACUCGUAGAAAAUGGCCAUACAGAUACUUGAGAAAGAUCGACAAGGUCAUCAAGAUACUCACCUUCCAACACGGAAACGACAUUCCAAAGGAAGAGAAAGAGAAGCUCGACAAGUUAAUGCAAGAGCGUGAAGAGUGUCUCAAACCAGUCAAGAUCCGUAUCACUGGAUGCCUCGAAAAAGACGAUGACUCUCAGAGUCCAAGCGGAACCUACAACUUCAAGGUUGUCAGUGCCGGUGCCUCUAUCGCAUCACACCGUUCCAGUGGUUCAUCCAGUCAAUUGGUACCACAGACACCAACCAAGUCAAACUCUAUCCAGAGUAUCAUCAACUUUAGCAAGGACGAAGUUGAAGAGUCGACACCACCACACCAACGUGUCUCUAGUAUUCUCCCAUCAUCAAGCCAAUUCUCACACAACAAUGGAGGUAGUGAGAACGCUCACAAUGGACUCGAGAAUAUCUUGGAGACAUUGGAGAUGUUGAAACAUACUCGUCAAUAA